AUGGCGCCAUCCUUCGUGAGCAUCGACACAACCCCCGACUUCGACAUGACACCCGCUCCCUCAAAGUCCGCCGACAGCGGCAAACGAACCCUCCUGCUCGCACCCCCCUCAAUCGCCACCCAAGAAGACAAACUUCGCACACUCUUCACAACCUACGACCGCAACACGACAGACCUGCAGAUGCUCGACCGCGUAUCGGCAGGCUUCGUCUCCCUCCCUACAAGCACAUACGAUCUCGUUCUUGUCCUCACAGACUCAGAUGGCACGAGGCGGUCCGAGGCGCUUCAGCUGCUCAAGCGUGAGGUCUAUGCGGCAGUCAUUCCGGCUAUGAAGGGUGGUGCGAAGUUGCAGACGGAAGAUAACUUCUUUGGAGAGGCCGAGGAGCGAGAGGCUGUGCUUGCGGGACUAGUGAAGAAAGACAAUGGGUUUGAGAAGAUGGAUGUUAGCAAUGGGGCUGCGGUGCCGUUGAGACUGGGCAGGAAGAAGAAGACUACCGCUGCUUCUGCCCCAGCUCCAGCUCCGGCCCCGGCUGUACAGCCCCCUCCUAUCAUCAGUUCCGAGGAUAACGAUCUGAAUGAUGAUGAGUUGAUAGAUGAGGAUACCCUUCUGUCGGCCGAGGACCUCAAGAGGCCCAUUGUUCCACCUCCAGAGUGCCAACCCAAAGCCGGAAAGCGACGUCGCGCCUGCAAGGACUGCACCUGCGGUCUCGCCGCCCAGAUUGAAGCCGAGGACAAGGAACGUCGCGAGCAAGCAGACAAGAACCUCAACGUCAUGAAGCUCGAGACGGACGAUCUGAACGAACUUGACUUCACAGUUCAAGGCAAGACCGGUUCCUGCGGUAACUGCGCCCUUGGCGAUGCCUUCCGAUGCGACGGCUGUCCCUUCAUUGGUCUUCCGGCCUUCAAGCCGGGCCAGGAGGUUCAGAUCUUGAAUGACGUUGCCCAGCUUUGA